AUGGACUUGUGUCGAGAGAUUGUCUGGAACUACGUACAAGAUGAGACUCAAUACUUGAAAAUUGAAGAAGCAGACCGUAUGUAUGUUUUCUUGGCUAGAUUAAAUCCUAAAUUCGAUGGUGUCCGUAGUCGAAUAUUGGGCCAGCGCCCUACACCUUCUCUCAGAGAAUUUUGCUCCGAAAUACGGCUGGAAGAAGAUCGGUCAUGCGCCAUGAAUAAUCCUAUUACUACAACUAGUGCAGCUGCCUUAAUUGCAAAGUCGCCCAGUACUGAUGGUGAUAAAAACCCUCUACCUGUGUGUGAGCAUUGGGCUAUAGAUCAUCUUACAAAUUCUUCAGAUUUGUUUAUUUCUUAUAACCCAAGUGCUGGGAAUGAGUGCAUUCGAAUUGCAGACGGGUCUUUUUCCCCUGUUACAGGGAAAGGCCAUAUCUCCCCGUUUGACAGUUUAGUUCUGCGUGAUACUUUACAUAAUCUGAAAUCGGGGAUGACGAUUGGUACUGUCUGGCACAAUAGAGGACUUUAUUUCCUUUUUGAAGAUGCUUCCUCUAGAGAUGAUCAUCGAAUUGGGUUUAUGUCAUUAAAUUUUUCUGUUUCUAAAAAUGACUUUAUGUUGUGGCAUUUUCGUUUAGAACAUCCUAAUUUUCAAUAUAUGAAGUAUUUGUUUCCGCAUUUAUUUCGCAAUGUUAAUAUUUCCUCUUUAAAUUGUGUUGUGUGUAUUCAUGCCAAGCAAAGUCGUGUUUCUUUCCGGUCUCAGCCUUACAAACCUUCGAGUCCUUUUACUCUUAUUCAUAGUGAUGUAUGCGGUCCCUCACUUGUUACCACUUCCACUGGUAAACUUUGGUUUGUCACAUUUAUAGACGACCACACUUGCCUUCCUGGGUCUUCCUCCUCACUGACAAAUCUUCUUGUGAGUGAUAAUGGGCAAGAAUUCUUCAAUACCUCCUUCAGAGAGUCAACUCUUAUUCAUAUCUCGUCUAAGCCUAGUUCUGAGUAUGACGACCCGGUCCUUCCUACCAACCAAGUUCCUUGGAAAACUUACUAUAGGAAGGAUCUCAGGAAGGAAGUAGUGUCACCUGUCGAACCAAAACUGUCGGCUCUAGUAUAUGAGUCAAUCCCACCAUCGGAUCAGACUGAUGAAUGCAGGCAGGAUAAGGGCGAAGGAAGUAGUAAUACUGAAAGAAUGGCAGAAGAGGAGACAAUUGAGAAUGAAAUGAUUCUAGUUAAUGAUGAUCUGGAGGAUACUACUGAAAUCUCUGAUACAAAGAUAGCCGAUCAUGGUGAGGAGCCUGGAAAGUUGAAGGAUCGUGAUGUAUCACUUGAUUUUCUUAUAGCUCUGAGGAAAGGCACUCGUUCAUGUACUAAAUACCCUAUGCAUAGUUACCUGACGUAUAGUAAUCUGGUACCCGAGUUCAAAGCGUUCACUACCAGUCUGGACACUGUGAUGGUUCCAAAUGACAUAAGUGUUGCAAUGAAAAAACUAGAAUGGAGAUCUGCUAUUAUGGAAGAAAUGAGAGCUCUUGAGAAGAAUGAAACUUGGGAACAAGUGACUCUGCCUAAAGGGCACAAGACAGUUGGAUGCAAAUGA